AUGCAGUCCAGAGAGCCCUCUCAUGCCGGUUCAUGGUACUCUGACAACCGAAGCACUUUGACCCGCCAACUGGACCAGUGGCUCGCUCAAGUUCCCAACGAAAUCGAGGGAAUCGGCUCCUUGCCCGUACCUGGCUCCCGAGUUAUCAUUGCCCCACAUGCGGGCUAUGCCUACUCAGGACCAUGUGCGGCUUACGCAUACAAGGCUCUGGACUUGUCCAAAGCGAAGCGGAUUUUUGUUCUCGGUCCAUCGCAUCACCACUAUCUCUCGACACUUGCUCUCCCUCAACUUACUUCCUACUACACCCCGCUUUCAGACGAGCCUCUACCGCUUGACACGGUGCUUAUCGCUCGGCUUCUUUCAACAAAAGCAGUCAAACCAAACGGGUCAACAGUCAGUUUUACUACUAUGACCCGGUCGGUUGACGAGGAUGAACACAGUAUUGAGCUUCAUCUGCCCUAUAUUCACCGUCUGCUACAACUACAACAUCCCACCAAGCGGACAUCUCAAUAUCCGCCCCUGGUACCGAUUUUGGUUGGAAGCACUUCCGUGUCAACAGAGCAAGCCUUUGGAGCCUUACUUGCUCCUUACUUGGAAGAUCCCUCCAAUGUGUUUGUGAUUAGCUCAGAUUUCUGCCACUGGGGCCUCCGCUUCAGCUACACAUACUACGUCCCCCAAGCUCCCAAGCCUGGGCCGAAGCUUCCUCUUUCCGCCGAUUCUCUGCCUCAGCCGGGCGAUGGCCUGGACGAAUUUGAAAAAAAGAUUGAGCUAGUGUCGGCGGGUCACGCUCUCCAGCGGAGAGACCGAGCUCACAGUCGCGAGCCAGCGAUUCACGAGAGCAUUUCUGCUUUUGAUAUCGCAACUAUGGCUGCCAUAGCCACAGGCGAAACUGAGAAUUUUCUUGAUGCAAUACAAAGAACAGGCAAUACGGUAUGCGGCCGUCAUCCCAUUGGGGUGAUCAUGGCCGCGAUUGAAGCAAGCAAGACCCAGGAGGACGGGAAGAAGGGCAUGUUCCAUUUCAUUCGGUAUGAACGUAGCUCGGAUGCAGUCGAUAUUGGCAUCACUAGCAACCGUCAGAGCGCUGCGGAUUAUGAUGACGACAUGCAACGUGCGAAAGCAUUGGGAAUAGAUGCAUUCGCUUUGAACAUAGGCAUGGAUCCGUACACUGAUACCCAGCUCAAUUUUGCCUACGAAUCUGCCGCAAGAAACGACAUGAAAGUCUUCAUCUCAUUUGAUUUUAAUUGGUACAGUACUGGACAAGCCACUGCCGUGGGACAGAAGAUCAGACAAUAUGCUAGUCUGCCGGCACAGCUCAAGGUAGAUGGCAAGGUCUUUGCGUCCUCAUUUGCCGGCGACGGCCUUGACAUCGCUGCCAUGAACUCUGCCGCUGGCACCGCAGUGUUCUUCGCGCCGAAUUUUCAUCCAGGAGUUGGAGACUUUAAUGCUAUCCAAGGUGCACUCAAUUGGAUGGCUUGGCCUAACAAUGACAACAACAAAGCGCCGACCCCAGGUCAUAAUGUGAGCGUUGCAGAAGGCGACAAUAAAUACAUCGAGGCCCUAAAUGGAAAGCCGUAUAUUGCACCUGUCUCUGGUUGGUUCUCAACCCAUUUCGGCGGCGAGGUUCCCUAUAGCAAGAAUUGGGUCUUUCCCUCAGAUCUUCUCUGGUAUGACAGGUGGCAAGAGAUCCUGAGUCUCGGGCCUCGGUUUGUGGAGAUUGUCACCUGGAAUGACUACGGAGAGUCACACUACAUUGGACCAUUGUCCUCGCCUCAUACAGAUGACGGAGCCUCCAAAUGGGUAAUGGAUAUGCCGCACAAUGGAUGGCUGGAAAUGUCAAAGCCUUUCAUUGCCGCUUACAAGGCCGGCGAAAAGUCCGCCAACAAAUACAUCACCGAAGACAAGUUGAUCUACUGGUACAGACCGACUCCUAAAGACGUCAAUUGCGACUCAACCGACACUACCAUGCAGGGAAACCCGAACAAUUCAAGUGGAAACUUCUUCCGCGGACGACCAAACGGGUAUGAGACGAUGACCGAUGAUGUGUUUGUUGUCUCAUUGCUCAAGUCACCCGCUACUGUUCAGGUCACUUCAGGAAGCGCCAGCAAGACAUUCCAAGCACAGGCCGGGGCCAGCGCCUUUGCAGCACCCAUGGGGAUCGGCAAACAGAAGUUUUCGCUCCUGCGCAAUGGGCAAACCGUCAUGUCCGACACGAGUCUGAAAGACAUUGUCAACAGCUGCAUCUGCGGCAUCUACAACUUUAACGCCUAUGUAGGCACCGUGCCGCCGGAGAAGACCAUUGACAAACUCCAACCAGCGGGACUGUCAAUGCUGUAUCAGGGACUGACAGUACCAUGUCCAACUAACACUCUAGGACUUACUAGCCCUAGUGCCACCCCUCAGUAG